GUCAGCAUGAACGUGAAUACUUAGCAGUUUCCCAUGAGAACACUCUACCGGUAGGCCCCAGCUUCAGCCCGGAGUGGCGUACUCAUUACGCCGUUAUCUUGUUCGGUUCCUGACCCAUCUAUAUAAGGGGCAAAAGUAAAUGCCCUCGCGUAGAAGUUCUUUUUCUACCCCUUCUGCGAGUCUGAAUGCAAACGGAGUAUUCAGCUGGCAACAUCGCAGCGGCGAGGAGUAUUCAAACCUACACGUAUAUAUACACCUCGGCGGCUACAUUCUGGGAGUUGGCGUUCCUAACUCAAUCGCGUUGGACCAAAGUAAAAGGCCUUUAUAUCCUUACACGCUAUACGCCUUUCCUCCUCUUCGUUGCACACCUAUAUUUGAACUUCGUCCCGGAUAAUAAUCCCGAUAGAUGUCAAAUGAUCAACAAUAUUUGCUCAUGUUUCAGUUUGAUUUCAGUCAUUUGUUCCGAAUGCUUUUUCAUUAUCAGGACAUAUGCACUCUGGAACCACAACAAAGUCGUGCUCGCCGCCAUGCUGGCCGGUUUCCUUGCUGUCAUCGUAGCUUCCGUCGGUGUCCUCUUUAGCGCCACUGCCAAUGCACCAUUUGAAACCAGCGCGAUCUCGAGCAUCACAGGCUGCUACCAGUCUACAGGCAGUGAUGAGCUCUUCGUGCCGUUUGUUCUCUUGUUUGCUCUCGAACUGGGGCUCAUCUCUCUUACGCUCGUACGUGCUAUACAGAGCUGGCGAACAGCUCGUACCCCUCUGUAUGAUGUCUUGCUGAAGCAUAACAUAUUCUAUUAUGUAUGCGGUCUAUUACGCGUACAAUGCCAUGUUCCAAGAUUUCCAGCUCAUCAUCCUGGCGAUUCUUGCCACGCGCAUGCAUCUCCAUCUCUGGCAUGUCGACCGGCAAAUCCACUCUUCCGCUCUCAUGCUCAUUCCUUUAACUGAUGUAUCAUCUGUGGGCCGCACGGGGUGAAAUUGGAAUUGGCUUACUUGUUUGUUUGAUGUCGUUCACGGAGUCAAGUUUGGACAA